UACACUGCACAGCUUCCAUCCCGUAAACAUGUACCGCGUAAUUGUUUUGCUGUGUGCUAUUCAUGCAUCGUAUGGCUCCGAAUGUGACCAACUGCAAGUACAAGUGAGCCAACAACAGCAGCACAUCACUGCUUUGAAUACACGCUUAUCUAACGAUAGAGCGGCAACAGCACAGCAAAUAGCCCAGCUGCAGCAACGAGCGAAUGAGCGCAUACGUUCAACAGAAACACAACUUGUUCAAUGCAUUGAUGAGAGAAAUAGACUGGCUGCGACGCGUCAGCAACAGGAGCCACAGAUAGCGCAACUACAAGCUAAGUUGGCUGCACAAGAAAACGCCACACAAGCAGCAACUCAAUGUCAGCAACAGAUUGUCGCGCUGCAGCAGCAAAUAAAGACAAUGAAAGAACAUAAUCAAGAACUUAAGAAGCAGAUAGAGCGUGACCAGCAGAAAUUGAAGUCUGAACAAGAACAGAGCGUAGCUCAGUGCCAGCAGCAAUUGCAACAACAGAUCGCAUUGCAAAAACAACAAGAACAGAAAAUGAAAGAGCAAGAACAACAGCUGCAGCAAAAGUGUGCAUUGGAACAAGAAAUAAUUAAACUACAAGAACGAGCUCAGUAUCAGCAACAACUAAAUCAGCAGCUAGAUUUACAAAGGAAGCAAGAAAACACGAUGAAAGAGCAAGAACAACAAUUGCAAAAGCUUCGAAAUAGCUUGCUUGAGCUGGAAAAGUUGUCAUCGCCCAGCAAGAUGUCUCCAAGUGAAACUUUCGAUCGACUUGGUACCUUUAUAAAUCAGCUGGCCUCUAUACAAUGUAAUGUCGAAGCCUCCGAAACUGUGAAUCCAGACUCCUAUAAACUUACUUACGAUCUGCCAAUAAAUCUCGCAGAUGGCGAUAUCGAAGUUAAAAUGAAUAACAGAGUGAUUUACGUAAAAGGCAGCAAAGGAGGGACAGUUGUGUUUGAACACGUUGAAUUAUUACCGGCUGCUUUAGAUGCGAAAUCAGCCGAUUGGCAGCUGCAGGGAGAUAAGAUCGAGAUAUUCAUUCCAUUUAAAAAGACUGAAACUAGCACCAAGAGUAGUGCAUGUAAGAGACAUAAUUCUGCGAGGACCAUACCAUCUUUAGAGAGCACUCUUCAAACAGGUUACGGGAGCACACUUUUUGGUUACGGAUAUGCUCGUAAAAUUAGUGUCAAUUAAUGUAGCCUAUAUCUU